AUGUCCCAGCAACGGGAAGCAUACGCUGCGAACUCGCCGCCUCACACUCCUCCCUCGCAAACUGCGAAAUACCGGCCGAACAAGCGCGGGUACCCCCGACCGUCCAUCCGUGAUGCCUUCCCUGAGACUGGGGAAUCCAUGGAACAUGUCCCGAGGGUCAGUGAGUCGGGGGACGAGCGGGAUCCCCACGACUUGUCGCUAUCCCCCCAACAUGCCGCCCGAACCUCGAUCGUCGACAAUAUGCUUCUCUCACUCGACCAAUUUGCCCCUGGUUCAUCGAUGCUAGACGACUACCGCCUGUUUAACUCCGCAUUUGAGACCGACCCGGGCCGUUAUUCGCAGGAAUCGGCCGCGCGCGGUCGCUACCGCGGCCACACAUUCUCCUCGUCAUUGUCCUCCGAAGCAGACUAUGGUUACGACGAUGCGAGUCGCUACGCCACGAUCACAAAAGGUCGACGAAGCAACAGUAGCUCCAAUUACCCGGCAGGCCCCAGGAGGAUUGGGAGUGCUCGGGAUCGCGAAGCCAUGGGUUCACGAGGCACGACAACGAUGCCAAGGUCUACCGAUGUUCGAAAGGGCAGCAAAGGGAGCUCGUCUUCCACAGCCGAUUAUUCAUAUAAUGUUCCUAGAACGCGAACAGAGCCGGGCCUGGACCGACGCUCGGCCAGCUUUGACUAUGGGCCUCAGCGACUCUUUCUCCCAUAUUCCGACUCCGCGGGUGAUGAUUCCUUGCUGUACGAUGACGAUGCGGCGCCAACCCCAAGUGUUCCAGCUGGGCCACGCAAAUUCACCGAAUACAGCAGAACGCCCAAUACAUCUGCGUCCCGGACCCCCACGGGAUCUCGGAGGAACAGCUUGAAAGCGGCCCAGGCUCCCCAGGUUCGAAAAGCCCGCCCCGAGAACAUUGGCACUGGGGCUAUGAGGGUCCGAGAGAAUGACUUUCAACAACUGGACGACACUGAUCUGGAUAUUCCCCCGGCCAUGCCCGCAUCAUUGGACCCGCCCGCUCCGAGCCCGACCAUUUCCUACAACAAACCAGCCUUCCCGCCGCCUGAGCCGCCCGCGCCAACGAAUACCACUACCACCAUUACGACUAAUAACACCACAAACACCAAAGAGCGCCCUGGGUUUUUCCGGCGUGUGUUUGGCUCUUCCAAGAACUCAUCCCCGGGUCCGACAGAAUCUGCCAACUUGAAUGUCAAUGAUCUGUCGUAUCUACAGGAGAAUGAACCCAAGGAUGCCAAUGGGGUGACAACCAACCUGAAAGGACGGAAACAACAGGCCCCGAAAAGUUCUGCCGGCGGGUCCCCAUCUACUCGCGAUGGACCGCCGCAAGUCGUGAACAAGAAAUCUUCAUUUUUCCGCCGGCGUAAGAAGUCCAUCGUCGAUAAUGUUCCACCUCCAAUUGUGCUUCCUCAAGAGCUGGCACCACAAAAGCUGGACACGAUGAAGCCGGAACCCAGUCCUGUGAGCAGUCUGCGGAAAGUCAUGAAUCCUUACCUUGCAGACUCGCCGGCUCCGAAAGAAUCCAAGGCCAAGUCCGAUGGGGAGAAUCAAGCCCGUGAACCAAAUUCCUUGCAGGCGCAAAAGCAAAGAGAAAGUGUUUCGGCUCCUGGCGGUGGCUCAAAGGCUAGGUCCAGUCUUCAGCCUCCCAGCUCCUCUCGUAGCCAUGACCGUUCAUUGCUUGCAGACCGCGGGAUGGAGGGCCAAGCUUCAAGGACGGGUGACACGGCGGGGUCCGCGUCGACGGAUUCCGCCGCGUUGGAGAAGCCCCAGAUUGCCUCCCCCGCGACGCUAUCGCCUGUGGCUGAGGAUUUCUCGCGCAGCAUUACACCAUCUGAAAAGGCCCCCACUGAUCUUCCUCAAGAGAGCCCGACAGAACCUAACAAGCUGGCACUGCCCUCUGAGAGCAAGGUCCCUGAAUCUCCUGCUUCGGUCUCAGAGGCCUCGCAUUAUCAAACGGCAGCCAACACUCCCGUCAUCGAAUGCGAAGAACCGAAAGCAGCCGACGACGCCGAGGAUAGGGCAGACGGACCGGGCGAGACGGUGGAAGAUGGGCCCACGACGGCGGACCGGGAACAGGCACAGAAACUCUUUGACCACCAAGAUGAGGUGGUGGGUGAUGAUCCCGCUGCUGCCUGGCUGGGUGAUCCUGAUCGGGCCAUGGUCCGAGAGGCGUAUAUGCGACUCUUCAACUGGUCCAACCUCAACAUAUUGGCUUCCCUGCGGAGUCUGUGCGAGCGGUUGGUAUUGAAGGGAGAGACACAGCAAGUAGACCGGGUCUUGGAUGCUUUCUCCAAUCGAUGGUGCGAUUGUAACCCAAGCCAUGGCUUCAAGGCUACCGAUGUGGUACACACUAUCUGUUAUUCCCUUCUUCUGCUAAACACCGAUCUACAUUUGGCCGACAUCGACCAGAAGAUGACCAAAUCCCAAUUUGUCCGCAACACUCUACCCACAAUCCACCGUGUCGCUAUGGAUGCGGCCCCUGAAGGGUUUGAGACGUUGCGCCCCAGCAAUCGUCCCAAGACCCAAGGUCCAGAUUCCACACCCACAUCGGCACGGUCUGCGACCUUCCCUCCUGAGGUUCGCGGUUCAGUCGAAAUGGACAACUCUGGUCGACCCACCACGGAUGCCAAUGGCGACGCGGGGGCCUUGGUCAAUACGCCAUUCAUUGGAACUGUGCGAGCUUGGGAACAGCAGGUGGAAGCAGUCCUCAAGGAGUUUUACAGCUCCAUUCAAAAGGAAAGGCUCCCUCUUCACGGUGCCCAGCCAGAGAAAGAGGUAUCUCGCAUGGCCUCCAACAACUUCCUUGGCCCCUCCACCGGCACACUUCGCAGGAGUCCAAGCACAAUCAGCAAGAGCGGGUCGGAUAUCUUUCCCCGCGGCCGUUCCGCAGAUUCUCGUCAUGGAGCUGCACGUUGGUCAUCCAAACCCCGUUCGCGAGGGGCGAGAUUGUAUCCUCCGUCCAUGAUGGGAUCCAGCCGGACCAGCCUGGAUGAUCAAUCCUCUGUGUGGAGCCCGACCGCCUCGAGCACCUGGAGUAAAUAUUCUCUUGGCAAGUUCACGUCGGCCUCUGUGGAUUCAUUUGGGUCCGAAUACCCUCGUGGUGAAUAUCAGCAAUCUAUCGGGUUUGCCAACGCCCUGAGCCAAGCAAUCAUUCGCGAAGACUCCGCGACUUCGAUCUACAGUGCUGAGGAAUCAGGAGUGGUAACCCCUCUGCUGGAAGACGAAACCUUGGCACUUGCUGGGGCCCCCUGGGCCAAGGAAGGAAGUUUGAAACACAAGCAUCACCUGGACGCGGUGGACAAGCGGGCCAAGGACCGGAACUGGAACGACUGUUUCGCGGUCAUCCAGCAAGGUUGGAUGCGUCUCUUCUCGUUCAACAACACCACCAAGUCCAUGCGACAAAAAGCGAAACAACGUGGCGGCGUUGUGGUCGGCGGAGGCAAUUGGACGGAGAAUGCGGAGGAACUCUGGAAGUUCAUGCUCCGUCAGACCAUCGCCAGUGCUCUUCCGCCGCCCGGGUAUUCCAAGUCCCGGCCUCAUGUUUGGGCCCUCAGUUUGCCCACCGGGGCCGUCCAUCUUUUCCAGGCUGGCACUCCCGAGAUCGUACGAGAAUUCGUCUCUACGGCUAACUACUGGAGUGCACGGCUGUCCAAGGAGCCUCUGGUGGGUGGCAUCAGCAACAUCGAAUAUGGAUGGAGCGAUGGUGUCAUCAACAGUGCCCUGGUGAACCCCGAUAACCGAUCUCCGCCUCAGUCUUCGGGGGCGCGACCGAGCAUCCAGAGCUCGAUCCGUAGCUCGGUUGACCAGCAGAAUGUCCGGCCCAAACUUCCUGCCGAUCGGGUCAACAUUAGCGACUGGAGCCCUCCGCAGCAAAGCAUGGUCGCCUCCAGUCUCACCGAGGAGGCCCAGCUGAAGGCGCUGCAGGCAUAUGUGAAGAAUGUUGAAGACGACUUGCAGCGACACAAUGAGCUACGGUCCGCCAUGAACCUGGCUUUCUCGCCCCGACAUCCAAACUCCACCAAGGCCAUGGCCAAUUGGGAGCGGAAAUCGUCGUAUCUGCUGCGAGAGAUCGUCAAGUUUCGCACCUACAUCGAUUCGCUUCGCAACGCCAUUACCCAGAAAGAGAAGAUCUUUGCAUCUUCCAACAACUACUACAAUCCCCCCAACGACGCGAGCACGGAGCCAUCCACUGUUCCGGCAUGA